AUAUAUAGAAUUGAAUGAAUUUAUCGUUGCGAAAAAAGAAGAAACAGAUGAGGUGAAGUGAAGGGCGGGCAGGGCAUUGGGAAGGGUGCGGUGUGGAAAAGAAAAUAUGGCGAAAUUCAACGCGGUGCAGAAGAGGAGGAGAGCGCUGAUAGCCGACAUGAAGAGGGCUCAUAGAGGGGAGCCAUCCACCGGGAAGCUGAAGACCAAACCUCAGCCUCUCUCCGUCUCCGGCAAGCGCAAGCAGAAGCUCUUGAAAAAAUGGCGCAGAGAACAGAAGGGGGCUAUCGAGAAGGGGUUGAUCACCAUGCAGGACAUGGAAAUGUCGGUCGCCGAAGCUGGGGGCACUUCUCGGGAGGGCAGCAUAGCUCCUCCUCCUGCAGGAUUUCCAAUGAAGAAGAAGAAGGGACUGAAGCUCAAGCAAUUAAUGCACAAAGGGAAAGGCAAUAAGAAGAAGAAUAAUUCGCCCAAGGCAUCCGCUGUUGAAGCUUCUCCGCUUGAUUCCAUGAUGGAAUAGUAGACAAGGCAGGCAGCAAGGAAAGGAAAAAGGGGCUCCGUGCAGGGGCGAUUAAUUAUUGCUUCCAACCGGGAAUCGAACCAACAAAUCGUUCUCGGGUUAAUUGCUUUACUUCUUCACCUGACCCCAACCAAGAAAGAAUGAAUGGACAAGACGGCAGUUCGCCUUUUCCCUUGCUUGUUGUGCGACAUUGUUAGAUUUUUAUUUUCUCUCUCUUUUCCUUCUGUUUGUUGUUAAGUUGUAUCAGGAAAUUGAAUUGAAUUCAAAUCGAAUUGAAAUAUGUACUCUGUUGGUAUGUGAAUAUUUUAGGGUUGAUAGAU